GAUCACAUUCGAGAGUACGAUCGUGGCGUCUCGCCCUCUUGUCAUCUUCUUGCAUCCUUCAAUACUAUCUUCAUCUCUGUUUGAAUUUUUCCGAAGUUAUGACUGAAUAUACAGAAAGCGCAAGAAACGUAGAGAAUACCACAAGCGAUCAACAACCAAGCCCGAAUCUAGAGCUAGGAGACAUCCAACAGGCCGAUGAGCUCAAGGCCGAAGGAAAUGAUCAUUUUCGCGCCAAGAGCUGGGAUGAGGCCCUUGCUCAGUACCGUAGUGCCUUGGGACAUCUGCCCAAGCGGAAGGUGAUCAAACCUAUCAGUCCACCUCCUGAUGAUCCAGAAGCGAAAGUCGACAGCGGAAAGGGAAAGCAACGUGAGACUGAUGAAGUUGAGGAACCGGAACCCCUCGCUUCUGAAUGCGCUAAAGCAAGAGCGGUACUCAAUGCGAACAUUGGAGCAUGUUACGUGAAGCUGGGCGAUCACAAGGCCGCGGUGUCGGCUUGCACAGAAGCUUUGUCGGAUGAUCCAGUAUACAUCAAAGCGUUGCAGAGACGUGCUGCUUCCAGCGAGCAGCUCAACACAUGGUCGUCACUGGCUAGUGCGCAAGAAGAUUACACGAAACUGCUGGAGUUGUUACCUCCGUCCCAGACGGCCGAAGUCAAGCGGUCGCUUCAACAACUGAAACCUCGCGUCGCGGAAGCGCAGAAACGAGAAACAGACGAGAUGGUUGACAAGUUAAAAGGGCUGGGCAACAGCAUAUUGGGAAACUUUGGUCUGUCGACGAACAACUUCAAAUUUGAACCGAAUGGGCAAGGAGGGUAUUCCAUGAACUUUGUUCAGUGAUAGUCAUCGGACUCCACGGAGAACACGAGUAGUGUAGUUGCGAUCCUAGAAUUUACAAAUUGUGUAUCGCCUAUGAUAGCCAAAAUGGACAACCCUCAGAUCAGCUUGAAACGUUGGAGAAAGCUGGGGUUCAGGGAUCCUCAUCAAUAUAUCGGAAGUUGCUACGAAAUAUGGUCAAUUUGUCCAGAGGCCAAACCUUGCAACGUGUAAAUUAGUAGAAUAUACAACCAGCAUACAC